AUGGAAGAAAAUAUGCAUAGCGAAAAUAUGAAUCCAAGACGAACACUAGCCAGCAGAAUAACGGCAAUUUCGUGUAUACGAACACUUGUUGUAACAGAUUUAAUUUUUCAUGGUGCACGAAUUUUAUUUUCAAUCUUCGUACUUUACAUAACACGAAAUGAUAUUGUCGAAGAGCCUUUGAAGGUUUUUUUAACCGGAUAUAUUCUGUUAUGUGCUGCCAAGGCAAUAACGUUCUUUUCUAAGAACAGUGCAUUUUUUCACAUCAACAGACUUCCCGAAUAUGAAGAAAGUAACAACGGUCUUGCCGUUUUUUCGAACCUGGUUGAGGGAUGCAACCUUUUCUGGUACAUUCUAGGAUAUCACUGGCUCCAGCAGUGCGAAAACUGCAGUCAGACACAUCCAUUGCUAUAUUACACAACAGUUAUAUGGCUUAUUCUGGGGUUUGUAUCCUACAUAUUACCGCUAGUUGCUAUUGUCCUACUCCUAAUACUUGUAUCAUAUGUUAAGCCUAAAUUAAAAACGGUGGUAUUUCACAACGAUUCGGACAUUCACGACGGAAAUUCGCGUUGUGUAAUCUGCUAUGAAAACUAUGUACCGGGAAGCUUGGUAAAGUUUCUGCCGUGCGAUCACCAUUUUCAUUGUGAAUGUGUUGAUGAAUGGCUAAAUAUCCGAGAUACAUGCCCUUUGUGCAAAAAGAGCACUAGUAUAUUGUAUGAUUUGAUAGAGUCGGCGGAUAGUCCUGUUUAA